AUGCCGAAGCAAAACAGGGAAUGGGCGAAGAAAGGGGAGCAGGAAAGGUUUACAGCUCGACCAUUAGUGGAGACCAUAUUUGAAAGGGGAAUGGCCACUUGUUUUGCAUAUGGACAAACAGGCAGUGGAAAAACCCAUACUAUGGGUGGUGACUUUUCAGGAAAGAACCAAGAUUGUUCUAAAGGAAUAUAUGCACUCGCAGCUCGAGAUGUCUUUUUAAUGCUAAAGAAGCCAAAUUAUAAGAAGUUGGAACUUCAAGUAUAUGCAACAUUUUUUGAGAUCUACAGUGGUAAGGUUUUUGACUUGUUGAACAGGAAGACAAAAUUAAGAGUGUUAGAAGAUGGUAAACAGCAAGUCCAGGUGGUGGGAUUGCAGGAACGGGAAGUCAAAUGUGUUGAAGAUGUUCUUAAGCUUAUUGAAAUAGGCAACAGCUGCAGCUUCAGCUACGAGGCAGACACAGCGGAGGAACGGAAAAGCGGCAGAAGCACGGAUCCUUCACGAGCGACUACAGCCUGA